CCCAUGGACUGGCAUCCUCUCCUGUUCACAGGACCAUGGCAAUGGAAGAUUGAUACUUGUAACCACCAAUACUAAAAUUGACCUCAUCGAUUUGUUACAAAGUAACAAAAUCAUGAGAAAACAGGUUACAUUUGUCGAGGAAAUAAGAAAAGGAGAUCGCCUGAUAAAAUGCGGUGGUAGUCGCGUUUUAGCAACAAGGUAGGCUUGCAAUAUUAACUAACUGUAUGCUUCUGUAAUGAAUGUUAAUGAAAUGAGUGCAUUAUAUUUAUAGACACAUCUGUUUUUAAUGACGACUUGUUUUUCGAGCUUUUCUAUUAUUGCCGUCAAUGCAAACAUCUCAGAUCAAGUUUCUAUUAUUUCAUGUUUGUAGAUCUGCGGAGUCAAAUAACAUGUACCAUCAUAGAUAUAUAGGUAUGUACUGUUUGUAUAGCCUACUGGUUGUUUAACUUAUGCAUUGUAUGUUUGCAUGUUUACAUUGUUAGUUUGAAACUAUAGGCUAUUUUGUGAGUCGGUAAUACAAGGUGAAGCGCUCCUCUGUUGAUAGAGAACUGAAAUGCAAUAGCCUUUGUGUGGCAUGUAAUAGACACCACAGAAGCCAGUCGGGUCCAUAUCUUUCCAAGUGGUAUUUUGGGGGGUAUCCAAAUGUUAGUGUAAUGUUAAUUUGGUGAAUCAAUUUAUUUAACACUACUGAUGAUUGAUCAUUAACAUUUUACUCAAUCAAAAAUGAAGGGAGGAAAUAAAAAGUAAACAUUGUGUGAUUAAUACAGAUAGAGGCUAUAUGACAGACUCUGAGCAUGUGUAUAAGGAACAAAACACCAGGGUGGAGAUGCACAGGACAGCACAUUUCAAGGUUCCUGACCACCAGCAGGUGAAAACCAUACACGUCCCCAAGUCCAUGAUGACUGCACCAUUUCUACAGGUAACAUGUCAGCAACGUAUUUGUAAUAUACCAGAAUUAAUAUAUUGCUGAAUGUAAAUGUAGUGUUGUACAAAAUAUUGUUAUCAUGUUCCAGCAUCCAACCCUAACAACUGGACAGAAACGAUAUCUCUACAGCAUUGCAAAUGUCUACAGCACUGAGCACAUGAGACGACUGAUGAAGCAACACUAUCUCAAUGUGCUGCACCGGUGUAUUAAAUCAGGUGUGUGGUAAUUGUAUUUACUUUAGAAUGGAAUAAAGACCAACUAUUGCCCAUCUUUGAUUAAAUCUUUUCCCUCAAGGUCAUAGCUCUUUGGAUGGAACCAAGAAUACUACUGGAGAUAGGAUCACGUUCAAGAUGGACAAUGAGAGAGAUUCUGGAUCUAGGAUCAAGCCAUAUGGACAGAGGAAGGGCACCACUGUGCACUCUAAAGUUAUCCUCCCAAAGAUUGCCAACAGUCACAGUACAGAGUGAGAAGAUUGCAUUUGAAAUAAUUAAUUAUGAAGUGAGUCAUACAUAUUAUUCUGAUAAUGUAUUGAAGUAUAGUAUAAUUUUGAUCAUUUCAAAACACU